AUGCCUCUUGUUACCCGUUCGGGGCGUCAGACUAAAGCCCCACCACCGCCUGACUAUGUUCGCUCCUACGCGUCCAAGGACCAAAUGGCUGCCGAAUCUGAUGUCGAUGACAACCAGCCCUCUACACGUACUACGCGAAAGAAAACUCGCUCUCGUGCUGGCCCGAAGCCUGGCCCAAAGUCUGUCAUGAAUACCAAAACCCAAGACCAUCCGCAUCCUCGACCCAAGGCUCGCCCUCUUCCAAGGUCCGAACGUUCUGGUUCCAUGACAUCAUCUGCUGAAGAAGAUAUUUUCUUCUCUAACUUCAGCAGACGCUCGUCACUUGGCAGGAAGAAGCGCAGUGACGUGAAUGAAGGUCCCGAGGUCGAGUUGUCUGAUACCGCCGACAGGUCCACAAAUGGCGCAGAUGGCGAUGUGACAUCAGCUGGUCUCGAGGAAGAUGGUACUAGUAAUGAUGCCAAUGAGGAUCCAGCGACAAACGACAGAGAGCAGACUCCAGUUCUAUCCGACGGUGAAUGCGGUGGUGCUGCAGCGACAGACGAAGGGGAGAGAACCGAUGGUGAAUGUGGUGUUGCUGCAGCAACAAACGAAGGGGAGAGAGAUGCAGGUCUAUCUGAAGGUGAAUGUGGUGUCACUACUGUGACGAACGAAAGGGAGGGAGAUGCAGUUCCGUCUGACGGUGAAUGUGAUGGUACUGCAGCGACGAAUAAACAGGAGAAGACUACAGUUGCACCCACGACCGUUCGCCCGCGUAGAUCUGGUGCCCACAAAUCAUAUGCUCCUGGUCAUGAGAGCGAACCCGCAGAGAGCUCUGGCUCUGACAGCGACUGGGCAGAACUCGAAGAGAAGCGGAAGAACGCAGAACGCGCUAAUGACCCUGCGAGGCCAUUCAGACUGUCUGCGAAUGACAAGCAGAAGGGACCAGCGGUGGCAGACGACCACGGUGACGAUGCCGAUGCCGAUGCCGAGGGCGGCGAUGAAGAUCAGACGUCUGAAGAUGGGGAUAGGGCCACACAUAAAGCAGGAAGACUGUCCAAAGAAGGUGUUUUGAAAACGGAAGAAUUUGGCAAGAGGGUUAUGGCUGAAGCAACUGCAAUUGGAAAAGAGUUCGGGAAACACCGGAGGGUGAUUCUUAUCGAGGCAGGACUAGCGACGAAGGCAACUCGAAAAGAGUCUGCCUGGAACCAGCAUCAAGCCUGGUUCCCGACUGUACUACCUCCAUCCAAAGAACCAAACUUGGCAUCAUGGAAAGUCAAGCAAAAUGUGCACUAUCAUGCCCACCCGUACAAAGACCCUAACCACGCAUCCCUAUGGAAGAAAAUCCAACACCAUUGGGAUAGCGUGGUCGCCAGCCCUGAGGAUCUUUCAUCACGGGAGUCAUCCAGUCUCAUGACAGCAGUUCGUGAAGCGUUUGCGAAAUCGGCUUCAUAUUGGUACCACACCCAUGGAAUCCAUAUCGCUGGUAUCACCAUUUAUCCAGGAGAUGAGGAAUCUGGUCGGCAGGCCUCUGGGUUUUUUGCGGGGUCUAAUAUGGUGAAGGCUCUCAUUGACGCUCAACAAGUAGAUGUAAAGCGCUUGAUAGAUGAACUUACUACAAUCCUAAAAUACAAGGACUUGGAGGCUGCUCAAGCAGAAGGCAAGAGUCUCAGUUUUCUCCCACCGCCUGUCGCAGUCCCCAAUGCUCCCCUCUUGCGCAACGGCAAAUCCGCCAGGGAUAGAAAUCGCAUGGUGGCGCCUAUAAUCAUCAGUGAAGCAUUUGCUGAUGCUGGUCAUCCCUCUAAAACGUCGAACAGCAGGUGGAUGAAGAUGCUUGACAUCCUUUACUCUAUGCAACUUUGCAUUCAUGACUGGCCAGCAGGAGUUCCACCCCCUGGCCCUGAUUUUGAUCUGAAAUCGCUGUCUGCGAGUCAGUUACGCGCCUUAGGCCGAGACGAGGACGAGGACGAUGCAGAGAAAGCCACAACGACAAAGCGGAAAGGUAAAUCGAAGAAGUCCAACGAGAAUCGCAGAACUCGCGGCGCGGUUGUGCAGGAGCCUGAUGUCAUCUUAUCUAUUAAGGGGUGGACUCCUCGUCAGCUAUCAGACUUCGCUGGAUACUCUCGCGAGGUGUACUCAAUCCCUCUUGUCAUCGACACAGAUGGCGUCGUUCUACGUCGUCUGGAGGAGUCGGAUAAAUUUAUCAAGGACCUCCCUCCCCAUGUUACUGAGCGUUUAAACACAGGGACUUCACGCUCUAUUGGAGCUUCGCGCUCUCACCAGGAAGCUUCGCGCUUGUACCCCGCAGCUCCGCGCUCCGACUAUCGGGCUCCGCGCUCCAACUCUGGGGCUUCGCGCUCACAACAUGGGGCUUCGCGCUCACAACACAGGGCUUCGCGCUCACAACACGGGGCUUCGCGCUCACAACAUAGGGCUUCGCGCUCGAUUCCACCUGUCCCUAUUCAAACUGACCAUGAUGAACUCCUGGAUCACAGCAUUCACUCAGAUGAGUCCGACGACGAUCUCCCACCGUCAUCUCCACCACUGUCAACUCCUCAUGCGACCCCUCAAGGUUCGAAUGUAGCAGCAGGACGAUACCAGUACAACCGCGUACGUGAAGAUAUCCGACGCUCGAUGGCCUCUGAGACUAGGAAACGGACUUGUGAUGAUUAUGAAACUGCGAGGGAGGCCGACGACAUUGAGACGGGAAUGGUGGCUGCGAGAUAUCGGAGCAGGUCCCAUGACAGGGCAAGCAUGGGUAUGAGGUCCACCAAGGGUCACAAUCAUCCUAAGCCAUAUGUUCAUACCUCAUCAAAGGCACGCAUGGGACCUGCGCCGAACCAAAACACUACGCACUUGCCAUCUCGUUCGGCAGUCGAGCCAUACUCUGAGGGCUCUCCAUCUUCGCGCCAAUAUGACUCACGUAUUCAGCCUGCUCAUGUCCUGGAUCACCGUUUACUUGCUCCUGUACAUGAGGAUGAAUUUGAGUAUAACUGA